CAUCACUUGGUGCUCAUCGGUGCGGGGAAUUUAACAACAGUUUGGUUGUUUACCCACACUACUCUAGAAACGAAACUGAAAGAAAGAGGCUUUCGACAGGGAGGCAAAAAGGCACGCACAAGAUUAAAACUGAAGACGAUUAAGGAGGCGAGCACAGUGAUGUCGGACCAGGGUUUUUCACUUCUCACUUCCAUUGGGCCAGACACUUCUCCUAGGAAACAUCUGGAGAUGAUCCAACAAGAAAUAAAGAAAUACAAGGCCACUUGUGAACAGCUGGAGAACGACCAGACAGAACUGAAGGUUGCCAGGGACAACCUGCUGGAGAUAACGAAGGAGUUCAAAAUGCGUUCAGCAACUGUGCAACAGAGACGCCAAGAGGAAGAGCAGCUCAAAGCCAGUCAAGUAAAUCUUCACAAGGAGAGAUUGGUGAGUGUGCAGGCAGAGCAUGCUGAACUGUGCAGGGAGUCAGAGGCACUGCAGAAUGAACUGGACAGAAUGGAGGAGGAGAACCAGGAGCUGAGACUCCAGACCCAGGUAUCCACUGCAGUGCCUGAGAAGAAAAUGGUUUUCACUGGAGUCACAGCUGUGGAGGGGUGCUCGUCUAGCUUCGAUGUGAAGCCCCGAAUUCUGUACCCCAUUGAGGGGGGGACAGCCCUAAUCACCUUUGAAGAAGAAGAUGUUGCCCAGAAGGUGCUGGAAAUAAAGUUCCACAAGAUCAAACUUGGUGAAUGUUAUAUCACAGUUGAGGCCCGUCCUGUGCAGUUGCUUGUGCCCAGCGACAUUGAGGUGGAAACUCACGUGUGUGACAAACGCAUUUUAAUAUCAGACCUUCCCAAGAUCGGCAUGGAGGACCAGCUCUUAGACAAGCUUGAGAUUUAUUUCCAGAAAAAGAGGAAUGGAGGCGGGGAUGUGGACAUGACAGAAAUGCUGCCAGAUUCAGGAAACGUUGUUGUGACGUUCGUGGAGGAUACAAUUGCGAAAGGUUUGACAAGCAAGGAAUACCACGACAUAAAGAUGUUUGAUAAGACGUAUCGUGUGAAGGUGACCCCAUUCCUAAAUGGAGAGAUCAAACAUUUAAAGGCACGUACCUCGGUUUCUAAGAAGACUGUUCAGCUGGUGGGAAUCCCAGACAUCUUGGAUGAAGAAAACCUGCAGGAUAACCUGGAGAUCCACUUCCAGAAGCCCAGCAGUGGAGGGGGAGAGGUGGAUGCCUUUGUCUACAUCCCCCUGGGCAAGAAGGCUGUGGGGAUCUUCGAGGAGGACACCAGCUCUGAGUGACCCAUCCCAGACCCAGCAGGAGAGACACAGCUCUUACAGUGUUCUCUACAUCCUCAUUGUUUAUAUUGUACUUAAAUGGUUUGGAUUUAAAUUUUGAAAAUUGUAACCAUUACUCUUACUCUUAAAGGUGAAGUUGAAUCCUGAAUUGGAGGCUGUUUUCCAGUCCUUUAUGAAGAGCAACUUCAAUGUAUCUGCAGGAAAGGGGAUAGAAUCAGGGCAUAUCACUGGCUUAGAGAGCUGUUUGAAUUUAUUUCAACUACAGAUUAUAACUGCUGUUCAACUGUCUUAAAGCUAAUAAAUCAAUUUGCUAUUUCUUA